AUGAAGUUUCUGCAACAAAAUUCCCUCACACAAAUGUCAAUGUCUCAGCCAGACGAGGACAUCUCUCCGCCACUUCAUCACCCAUAUCUUUCUGGCAACUUUGCUCCAAUUCAUCAAACAACAAAUCUCACACCAUGCACAUAUAGUGGAUGCAUACCGCCAGAACUGACUGGUGGUCAGUACGUUCGCAAUGGCGGCAAUCCCGUCAGCCACCAAGACCUUGGCAAAGACGCCCAUUGGUUUGACGGCGACGGUAUGCUCUCAGGCGUUGCAUUCAGAAAGACAUCCACGGAUGGUAAGAUUAUACCAGAAUUUGUCAAUCAGUAUAUCUUGACGGAUUUGUACCUAUCGAGAAAGACGACGUCGGUUGUGUCGCCGAUAAUGCCAAGCAUCACGACGCUGGUGAAUCCUCUAUCGACCAUGUUUCAGAUCAUGUUCGCGACGUUCAGGACGAUAUUCCUGGUCAUCCUCUCGAACCUGCCUGGAUCUCAACAAGCCAUCAAACGGAUUAGUGUUGCAAAUACUGCUGUCUUGUACCACGAUGGGAGGGCUUUGGUGACAUGCGAAAGUGGACCGCCCAUGAGGAUACAGCUUCCCUCGCUGGAUACUGUCGGCUGGUUCGACGGUGUCAAAGCUGAAGGAGAGCCAGAGAAAUCUCAAGCCAGCAGUGAUGACUCUCCGUUCGGCGGUAGCGGGCUCUUCAGCUUCAUGAAGGAGUGGACAACAGGGCAUCCCAAAGUCGACCCUGUCACUGGAGAGAUGCUCUUGUAUCACAACACAUUCAUGCCACCAUACGUACAUUACUCGGUACUUACAAAGAGUAACGAGAAGGCAUCUGGGCACAGACUUGUGAAUCAGCCGGUUUUGGGAGUAUCUGGUGCUCGGAUGAUGCACGACUUUGGAGCAUCUCGAAGUCAUACGAUCAUCAUGGACCUUCCUCUGAGCCUCGAUCCUCUCAACACGAUGAAGGGUAAAGAGGUUGUAGCAUAUGACCCGACGAAGCCUUCACGGUUUGGAAUAUUCCCGCGGCAUCUACCAUCCAGUGUGCGGUGGUUUCAUACAGCCCCAUGCUGUAUCUUCCAUACUGCGAACACUUGGGAUUCUCAGUCCAGUGAAGGGGAAGCUUCUGUUAAUCUGCUUGCGUGUCGCAUGACUUCCUCAACGCUAGUAUAUACUGCGGGAAAUAUUCGACCACCGGUGAGGUCUAAGUCUACCCCAGCACGGGGCUGGUCAGUCGAGAGGAAGGAAACGGCCUGCAGAUACAAAGAAGCUCCUGCACUUGAGUCACCUGGGGAAGCGACUGGUGUGACCGACUACUUCUCCACUCCAGACUCCGACGACUACGACCAAUGCCGACUGUACUAUUACGAAUUUGACAUGGCGACCAAAUGUCAGAACAGCGUCAAGAGCCAGUGGGCUCUCUCAGCGAUACCUUUCGAAUUUCCUUCUGUACGUCCAGCCCGAGAGAUGCAAGAGUCUCGUUACAUCUACGGGUGCAGCACGUCAACUUCAUGCUUUGGCGUUGCUCUCGGAAGAGCUGAUAAGGUCGAUCUUCUUGUGAAGAUGGAUGCCAAGACCCUCAUCCAACGAGGAAAGAAGAUGAACACAACGCCUAUUACUGGGUGCGUCGAUAGACGGUCAGUCAGUGAGAUCCUUGAAGAACAAAAGAAGGACGAUCCUAUAAAGAUAUUCUGCCUUCCGCCAAACCACUACGCUCAAGAACCGCGGUUCGUUCCUCGAGCUUCUUCAACUGUGGAGGACGAUGGAUAUCUGCUCUUUUACGUCUUCGACGAGUCUCAACUCCUGCCAUUGGGGGACUGCCCAUCAUCUGCGAAGUCUGAGUUGUGGAUUCUUGAUGCCAAGAACAUGCGUGAUGUUGUGGCCAAGGUUCAGCUUCCCCAAAGAGUACCAUACGGUCUGCACGGAACUUGGUUCUCUAGUGAAGAUAUCGAAGGGCAACGGGCUGUGGAGUCUUUUAGAAGCUUGGAAGAAGUGCAGAGGAAGAAGGAGGAUUGGGCUAAUGGUGGAGGACGGGUGAGGAAGUCAUGGAUGGUGUUUCGAGAGAAGUUGGAGAAGGCUGUCGGAUGA